CUUCUUGAAAAUUUUGCCACUCUUGUUAAACGCGCGUUCUUCACGAGAUAAGACCAGCGCAUCCCAAAACCCUUUCAGCUUCAGAUGGCAAUGGCGUCUACUCUCCUCUCUCCCAUCCCCAUUCUUCCUCCCCGCCUCCAAUCGAAGCGAGCUUCUUCUUCCUCCUUCAAUCUCCGGCGACGCUCCGCCGCGUUGUCGCCGAUCAAUGCGAAGAUCGGGGAGAGUCCGCUGCAGUAUCGAAAGCUCGGGGACUCCGAGCUCAGUAUAAGCGAAAUCACCCUCGGAACUAUGACUUUUGGAGAGCAGAACACGGAGAAAGAGGCUCAUGAGAUUCUCAAUCAUGCUUUUGAUAGUGGAAUUAAUAUCUUGGACACGGCUGAAGCGUAUCCAAUCCCAAUGAAAAAGGAGACACAGGGAAGGACAGAUCUUUAUAUAGGCAGUUGGAUGAAGGGAAAAUCACGUGAUAAGGUGAUUUUGGCUACAAAGGUUUGUGGUUACUCAGAAAGAUCAAGCUAUCUCCGUGCCAAUGCGAAGGUUUUGCGGGUUGAUGCUGCUAACAUAAAAGAAAGUGUGGAAAAGAGCCUUAAGCGUCUAUCCACUGAUUACAUCGAUUUGCUCCAAAUUCAUUGGCCUGAUCGCUAUGUUGCUUUAUUCGGCGAAUUUUCAUAUGAUCCUGCAAAGUGGAGAGAGAGUGUUCCAUUUGUCGAACAACUCAGGGCCUUUCAAGAGUUGGUUAAUGAAGGAAAGGUACGCUAUAUAGGAGUUUCAAAUGAAACUUCAUAUGGAGUUAUGGAAUUUGUACACGCUGCAAAACUUGAAGGGCUUCCCAAGAUCAUCAGCAUUCAGAAUAACUAUAGCCUACUUGUGAGGUGCAAAUUUGAAGUUGAUCUAGUGGAAGUAUGUCACCCAAAUAACUGCAAUAUUGGGUUACUAGCCUACUCUCCAUUGGGUGGUGGAACACUCAGCGGGAAGUAUUUGGAUAUCAACUCGGAAGCUGCAAAAACGGGCAGGCUGAACCUCUUCCCUGGAUACAUGGAGAGAUACAAUAGAUCUGCCUCAAAGGAAGCAACACAACUAUAUGUUGAGUUGGCAAAGAAGCAUGGCCUGACCCCUGUCCAACUUGCUCUGGGAUUUGUACGUGAUCGCCCAUUCGUGACCAGCUCGAUCAUUGGUGCAACUUCUCUCGAUCAGUUGAAGGAGGACAUUGAUGCGUUUACUUUGACUCCUCGGCCAUUACCUACUGAAGUUGCUGAUGGCAUCGAGGAUAUCUUCAAGAGAUACAAGGAUCCAGCAAUUCUAUAAAUAGGGGAUGUUGUUAUUUCUUUUCAAAUUGUAUUACAUUCUUUUAGAUCCAAUCUAGUACUGAUUGCGAGUCACAGAAAGGACGAGGAGGUGUAUUGCAUUGUCCAAGGACAUGUUUUUCAUUCAAAGAGUAAAUAAAUUUGACAAUUCUUUUUAAGUUAA